GUGAAAGUGACAUCAGCACGUUGAUAUGUCAAUGCAUCAGUGAUUCAGUAUCGUAUCUUUUAAUCAUUAAGGCCAACCCAAGUCAAAAGUACCUAUCAGCAGUUUUAUGGACAAAGGCUACUAGAGUUCGAAAAUUGCAUACAUGUUUAAUACGGAAACAAGAGGUCAAAGUUGGUAGACAAUCAACACCGGCAAGCAAAACUAUGUCAAAAAGAUAUGACUUGUUAUUGAGAUUAUUGCUUGUUGGGGAAACUGGGGUUGGAAAAACUUGUCUACUAUGUAAAUACAUAAACCAAGAUUUCAUCAGUGCUCAUAUAUCUACAAUUGGUAUUGACUUCAAGAUGAAAACAUUACAGAUUAAUGAUAGAGUAGUUAAAGUUCAAAUCUGGGAUACUGCUGGUCAGGAAAGAUUUGAAUCCAUUACAAAACAGUUCUACAGACGUGCACAGGGUGUUUUACUUGUGUACGACAUGUCUAGUAGAUCUUCAUUUGAAGCUAUACCAAAGUGGCUAGCCCAUGUAGAACAGUUUUGUAAAGAAGAUGUUAGUGUGAUGUUACUAGGAAAUAAAUGUGAUAGAGAGGACAGGAGACAAGUCACAACCAAAGAAGCUAGUCAGUUUGCCAAAGAGCAUGGAAUAAUGUUUAGUGAAACAAGUGCUAAAAGUAGUAGCAAUCUAGAGAAGGCAUUUCUAGAUAUGUGUACAGACAUCAUAGAAUCACAAGAACAGCAGGCAGCUGAGUCAAGAUCCAGUAUAAGUUUGGAUGAAGAUUCUUCUCACUUUGAUAGUCAUUCUGAUUCAUCACAGCUCCUAUCUGAUGGUGGACGUAAGAGGUGCUGCUGAAACAUACUGUUGGUUCAAUGCAGAAUGUGUCUGACAGAAGAUAUUGAUGUAACACUGCUUACUUAAAGUCUGUUUGAAGCAAAAUCAUAACAAAAAAGGUUUCUUAGUCAUUUCAUUCACAUUUUUGUUAAUGGAGCUGUUUUUUGUUUUGUUUUUAUACUGUUAAGUUUUUUGAAUGAAUUUAUAAUCAGACUUAAAAAGUCAUAGAUAAAAUAAAUUCAUUGAAAUCCAUUUUUUGAUGCUGCUACUAACAACCAAUCUCUUAAUGUGUGUUACUUCAGGUUAAUGUGACUUUCAUGUGCAUCUUUUAUUGAUUCUUUUUGUCAAUCAAGCACUGAUCCAUGCAGAACAAAGAAGCUAGUAUUCAGAAUGCUGUGUUUAUGCUACUUUUUUUAAACACCUUCUUUUUAAAAGAUUUUUAUAAAAUACUCAAGUGAAAAAAACUCCAAAAAAAAGACAAACAAAGUUUGGUAAGGGAAUAGCGUUUUUCACUGUUUCAGUUGGGUAUACAAGAAGUUUAAGUUUAAUUCAUUUGAAUUAUGGUAAAAAUGCUCAAAAACUUUUAUGGUUAAGUUGAAAGUUAGAACUACAUUAUUUUAUGUCGGAAUUACAAAUAUGAAAAUAAUUCUCCCAAUUUCUUUUCUUUUCUUAGUAUUGAAUUAAAAGAAUAAGUAAAUUAUAGUCAAGUACAAAUAAAUAGUUUGUGUGGCUAUAGAGAAAACUAGAUAUUCAUUAACAUAUAUGUAUAAAAUACUUCUAUAAAAUGAGGAAAAUAAAUUUACUGUAUAGAUCUCCAUUCAAAUCAAAAUCAUAUGGUAAUGAAUUGACUACAAUAAUGUACAUAACAGUUUUAGCAGACCUUCUCUUUAAUAUUUAUGGAGUUUAAAAAGGUCCAACUUCUGAGACUUUUUUUCAUUUGUUUGUAAAUGUCAAUUACCAUGAUAUGGCCAGUGUUAUAAGGGUGCAGGGACUAGAAAAUUGUGUUAAAAAAUGUAGUUGAUUGUUUUAUUUUAUGCUUUUCAUUGCACAAUAAAUUAAAUUCAAAGCUUUUUAGAUAAUUUCUAUUAUGGUAAUAACAACAAACUUACGGAUGUACUUAGGUGAAUUUAAGUGAAAAUUAGGAAAUUAAGAAAAUAAAAUUGAUACUAUAAGCUGGUAGAGCAUCAAUUAAGGAUAUAGAUAAGCUAAAAAUAUUGAUAGGUCAUGGACCUCUUUUUUGAGAUAUUUGAGAUUUAGAAUAUGGCGGGAAAAGGCUGACUCAGACUUUUACCUUAUAUUUACAUUGGUAUUAUUUGGGUCUCAAAACGAAAGAAAGAAAAUCCAGAAUCUUCUAAAAAAAUUUCAUGAGCUAUUAAGUCUUAUAUGAAAAUAUAAAUGGGUGUUAUGGGGCAAAAUAUUUUACAUUGUAUUUUAUGGAAAAACACCAAGGAGGUGGAACAUUUGACACAAAUUCCAAGACCUCACCUAAGUUCAUCCUUAAGUCAUCAGCUAGUUUUUAUUUUGUUAACUGAUUGUUUGAUCAAAAUAAAAGUACAGGUUAUUAUUGUAUUUUGUGUACUAUACUUUGCUCUUUUGGCUGCUUUAGCAGUUUAGAUAAUGUGCCGUUAACAGCAUUUCAUUUUUGAUAAACUUCAUUUUUUUUUAUGUCAAAAUGAAUUGGAUGCAUAUUAUAUGAUAAUUUUUCUUUUAAAAAAAAGUCUUUUAUCUUGAUAAUAAUUAAUGCUUGAAUGCUAUUAUUCUUACCCACAUGACAUUGUAUCUAUAAUCCAUAAUUUCAGUAUUAGAAACAUCCAUGACUGUUUAAGCUGUAUUGGUUUUUUCUUUUUUGGGGUAUUUUGUGUCUUUGUUGGUUUUUUUCUAACAAACAGACUUGGUAUUUUUUCACAUUGACUCAUUUUCACAUAUUUCGUAAAUUUUUGUUUUGUGAGCUAAUGAAAGAUUUAUCUCUUUAUAUUAAUUUUAUGUACAACUAGUUACAAUUUAAUGUCAACCUUAUAUAAUAUUCAGAUAAAUAUCAUAAAAGUUAAAAUCUAUCCAUACAGAAUUAAGGCUUAUAUAGGGUAUAUGAGAGUUAGUUAUCCAAUUGAAUAAUUGGUAUUGUAUCUGAAAUAAGUAUUCUUUUGUGCAUCUGCACAAACCGAAAUAUUCCAAGGUUUCAGAUAAUUGGAUUUUGAUUUUUUGAAAAUCUUUGUUUCUCCAUUAUUUUGAGAAGUUUUCCUAUUUUAUGCUCUGUUCCAAUAAUGUAGUAAAAACAUGUUAUAAGUAGUUAUUACAGAUGUUUUCUAUUUGUUUUCCUUGCACAAAGAAGAUGUGAAGAGACAGUUUGUGUUUCCAAAAUGCUGAAAAUUAAACAUUAAGAUUUGUUUUCCUUUUGACUUUAUGAGAACAGCAAUAUCAGAUUUUUUUAAUUUUUAAAGAAAAAACCAAGUUUUAGCAAUUGUGUAAUAUUUACAUCCUAAAAAUAAAACCUACAGGGACUUGGGAUAUGCACUUGAAAUCUUUACUUAGGAAAGGUGUCAAAAUAUUAAUUUUUACAUUUAAAUUGCAGUAAAAUUCUUAAAUUGCCUUUACAGGUAGACUGCGUUCACAGGGUAUACUCUAUGUUUUUAUGGAUCCAUAUAAAUUGCAUAUUUAAAUUUUUUGUUUUAAAUGAUUGAUUUUAAAAUGGAAAUCCUGUCAAUACUUACCACCUUUAGUAUAUAUAAAAUAUCCUAGAAAAAAACAUGAACACAUAGUUAACAACACAAGGUUUUUGUUUCAACCACAUUCAAAUGUGAUGAAAUUUGAGAAAUGAUAUGGUAAUCUUUGAGGUUUAUUUUUCAUUCACUUUAGAAAAUAAUAUAUUGGAAUGAAGAAUUUAAGAUUUAAAGAAGAGUAUUACUAUAAAACACAAUAUUUGGUUAUUGUCACUUGGGUAAGUUUUUAGCAAAUGGAAACCAAUAGAAGUAUGAAGAUUUACAUUAAAUGGAGUAAAAGAAAUAUUCCAAGAAAGAUGAUGAGUAAUUUAUAGUGGAAUUUACUUUCCAAAAAAAUAUUUGAAGCUAUAAACAUUCAUGCAUAUGUGUUAUGGAAAAUGUUCUUACUUACUUUAAGUAUUCAUGAAAAUAUCUUUAGAGAACUCUCCUGACACAUGUACAUGAAACCUGUUUGAUGUUGCCCAUUAUUUGAUGAUGAGUGAUAUUGUUGAUAUGCCUUAUAUAUUAUACAUAUGCUAGUUAAAUGUAAACACCAUUGCGCACAAUUGUGAUAUAUAUAUUUGCAAAUAUUUUUCUUGUUUAUAUUUUAUAUUAUAUUUAUUAGUUAUUCAUAUAAUCAUAUUGUUAAAUAUACAUUCAUAUUGUAAAAUAUACAUACAUAUUUAUUUUAUACAUUCUUAAGUGCCUAUUACAUGUAUACAUGAUUACUGCAGAACCAUGAAACUCAUGGAUACAACUAGACUUAAAGGCAACAGUAGUAUACUGCUGUUCUAUAGUCAUUAAUCGAAAGCAAAAACAAAUCUAGGUCACAAACCAAAACUGAGGGAAACACAGCAUAUAUAAGAACAACAGAAACACUGAACUGCAACACAAACAAAUGCCAACAUACUUAGAAAGGACUAUUUGAUAACGACAACCAUAUUUCUGAAGGGGUACAGGCAAUUUUAAAAAGAAUGGUGGAUUGAACCAGGUUUUAUGGCUAACUAAACUUCCCAUUUACAUGGCAAGUAACCAGAUCUUAAUUUUCCACAAGUUUAUUAAGUCCUAAAAGUUCUGCUCAAAGUAAACAUCAUGUAACAUGAAUCUCAGUGAUUUGUAUUUCAUGUGAAUAUCAGAACCAGUUUAAAAUGGACAUAUUUUUAUGUACCAUAUAAUUAAUUUUGUACAACCAUACACACAGUUACAGAAACCAAAACAAAUGAGAUAAGAAUACCCUCUGUUAUGUGACCUUAUGUCACACAAGGUAUAAAGAGUAAUAAAGAGAGUUAGUUUAUGGUUCUGCAGUUGUCGCUCGUUGCUUGCCUUGUGUAUUUGCAAUUUAUGUUUUAUUUGUUAUAUUUAACUUUACGCAAGUUUUCAAUUUAGAGAUAUUAAUUGUCUUUGUAUUGUUAAGUUUUUAUUGAAAUAUUCCAAGAAUAUGUCUUAUUUGCCUUUUUACAGUUAUCAUUUGUUUUAUAAUUAAUUUAAGUCAAAGACUUGCAUUUUUAAAAUCAAAUUUAUAGAGAAUCAGCAUUUUCUCUGGUUAUCUAGUCAGCGGGACCAAUAUGAUAUAUUUUAUAAGAACACAAUGACUGCCUUUUAAUAUUUUAAUAUUUUGUUGUUUUAUUAUAACCAAUUUAUAGAAAAAUCAGUUUCAUAUUUAUUUCUUACAACUACAAAAAUCAUCUUAUAUAACAUCAUCUCUUGGUAUCUAUGAUGAGUUUAUUCAUUUGUAUCAGAAAUAUUUUAUUUACUGGCAGUGUCAAUUUUUUUUUAGUAAAUCAAGUACUGCAUUUAGAAAGUAAGUUUUAUUAUCAAUAAUCUGUUUAUUUAAAGUAUUUGUAUUUUAAUUUUUAGGGGAAAACUGCUAAUUUGCUUUGAAAGACAGUGGACAUUUUUCAUUAAUUGCAAAAUUUUGUGUUGUAAAAGAAUUUCCAUUUUGAAAUUUGAUGACUCCAAUGCAAAAGUAUGUUGCGUUUGAGACCAAUUGGUGGCUUUUGGCUGGUUCUAAUCUUUGACUCAUUCCUGGUUUCCAUUCUAUUUCAUAUAUCAUCAAAACAUUUAGUAAAAUUUAUAGAAAAAAACAAAACACCAGAUUGUUGAAAAUUUGCUUUGAUUGUUUUAAUCUUUCAGACUUUAUUAAAAUCUAACUCUUUUUUCAUGGUACUAAUGUUUAUAUUCCUAUUGCAUUUAAUGGUGGAAGGGAGUUUAAUUUAUUUAACAGGGUGAUAUAGCAUUUAUUUCAAAAUCAGUCAAUUGUGAAUCAUGAUGUUUUUAAUGAUUUCAUUAAUUCUGAAAUGAAGUUGAUAUGAAUUUGUUUUUAGUCACUUUGUAUUUUUUACAUUUUUUCAAUAUUUAUUAUCAUUUUUUCUGUGUGUUUUGAACAGAAUAGCUUUUGUUU